AUGUGCAUCCAGUGGAUCGCCUCGGCCAACUGCGUCGCUGCACUAAACGGCAGCCCGCAGUACGGAUGCAAAGGCGCACACGUGGUCGUUGUGCGCCGCAAGGUAUGUGACAAGGCAACCGAGCGCUGCAUGUGCUUCUUCGGCUCUUGUGACGAGAUCCUCACCCUUUUUCAAGAAGACCAGGACACCGUCGAAGCCCCUUGCGAGAUGUGCGGCAUUGGCGAGGACCCGGCGCACAUGCUGCUACUCCGGAUCUUUGACAAGGAAUUCGCCAAAGAGUGGAUUGCCGCUUUUGGAGAGGCUCACUGGCAGAGGUGCACCGAGGGCAAAUGGCUAGGGCGUUACGGAAAAGAGGAUUCGGAAGAUGAAAACCCAAGCGGCGACGACUCAGGAGCGUGA